AUGUCUAAAGACGCGAAGGAAAGUGAAAUUGAGUUGACACGCGUUAAAGCAAAACGUUCUAUCGUAAUAAGAGCAGUGACAAAUUACGUAAAGAAAAUUGAAGGCAAUCUAAAAGAACAAGACGUUAACUUUGAGGAAAUAUCUGAAAAUUUAGAACUGUUAAAGCAAAAAGAGGCUGAAUUGAAAGAUAUUGACUAUAAGGUUGAAGCGCUAAUUGAAAAUCUUGAAGAAUUAGAUAGCGAGUUAGAAAGUGUUUUUGCGUAUAACGAAAAAGUAAUACUAAUUAAAUUUCGUGGUGAGAAAAAACUGAACGAGCAGAAGAAACUAGAGUUAAACGUCUCCAGUUUAAAUAGCGCAGAUAAAACAAAUUACGGAAGUGAAACAAUAAAGCUGCCGAAACUUUCCUUGCCCAAUUUCAGUGGCAAUAUUAUCGACUGGCUAACGUUUAAAGAUCUUUUUAAUGCAACAGUAACAAAAAAUGAAUCUCUAUCUGAUGCUCAAAAGCUUCAAUAUUUAAAAACCUCGUUAAAAGGUGAUGCUGCGAAAAUUGUAAUUUCUAUUCCAAUAUCUGAUAGUAAUUUUAAAAUUGCGUAUAAUUUGUUAGAUGAACGAUACUCAAAUACAAGAGAGCAAACUUUUGCUCACAUUAAACGCUUUUUGGAUCUUCAAGCAUUCAAAAUGAAUCCGCUUCUGCUUUGUUGA